AUGGAUCAUUCCACAAUCCUCAUCGCCGCCACCCUCUCAUGCCUCCUCCUCUCCGCCACCGCGGUCCCCUCAAGCCGCUUCUUUGACGUUAACAUCCCUCCCAGCGCCGCCCCCAUCGCCCAGCCCAACUUCCAAGAAUCCAAGAUCAGCCUGGGAGGCCUCAUAGCCCACGUGGCCCACGAGUUCAGCCCGCAGAUUCUGCAGUUCUGCACGGGCACCGAGAACCCCAGCCUCUGCGCCGAAACCAUCGCCCCCUACCUCGACGGCACCUUCGACCCCGUCAAGGCCCUGGAGACCGAGAUCAACGCCACCCUUUCCGAGGCAAAGAACAUCGCCGCCAACAUCUCCGCCCUCCUCGACGACCCCGCCACCGAGGCCGCCGCCCUCGACGCCCUCGGCAUCUGCAAGUCGCAGUACGCCGACAUGGUCGACACCAUCAAGGAGGCCGUGGAUCUGGUGGCGCAGCAGAACGUGGUCGACGCGUAUUACAAGUUCAGCGCCGUUAUCUCCUACAAGUGCUCCUGCGAUGAUGCUUUCGUGGAGUCUCCCGGC